CCUCUCUUCCCUUCCUUCCCUCCAGGAGAAAACAAAGGAAACCCCCUAACUCCAAAUUUCCCAUUUCAAAGAAAGCAAAAACUACCGCAUCCCCGCCGGCACCGCACCCGAUUUCUCACCCCCUUCCAAUUCCAAACCAUGCCCAACAUUCCGAGAGUUGGAACAACCUCGUCGCAAGCUUGCGCAGCGUGUAAAUACCAACGCAGGAAGUGCACUCCUGACUGCAUUCUCGCCCCUUAUUUUCCUCCCCACCGCCAACGGCAGUUCCUCAACGCCCAUAAAUUGUUUGGCGUCAGCAACAUCACCAAGAUCAUCAAGAACCUCAACCUUCCCGACAAGGAAACCGCCAUGCGCACCAUCAUGUUCCAAUCCGACGCCCGCGCCAACGACCCUGUUGGCGGUUGCUACGGCAUCAUCUGCGAGCUCCACCGUCAGAUUGAAUGCAGCAAAGCUGAGCUCGAGUUGGUUCUUCAUCAGCUCGCCAUUUACCGCGCCUACGCUGCUCGACAACCGCCUCAUGAUGUCAAAGUUGAGGAAACUGCAGUUUCUGAUUCUGCCAUUGGUUCAAAGGAGGUUGUGGAUCUUGACACUUUCUACAACUUCUACGAACUUGUUCAAGAACAGAGUACUCACGUUCAAGAACAGAGUACUCAUGUUCAAGAAGAUCAUGUUGAUACUUGGAGCGGAGAAGAUUGUUCAAAAACUUCGACGUCAUUCCAUGUUAAGCAAAUAAGCUUCGGGGAUGAAUGCGAUGAUGUGAAAUUGGUUCUUGAGAUGAAUAAGUUUGAGGCUGAAGAUAUAGUGGAACAGAGGUUUGUGCCAUCGGCAGAGUUGCUCUUAUCAUCAUAACUAGAUUUAAUUAAUAGAUUUCCAUAUAUUCAUUAAUCUUUUGAGUUUGAAUUUGUUUAAGCCACCAGAAUUAAGUCAAUUCAUGAACUCUGUCUGCAAUUUUGAAUAUUUUUGGAUUAUGAAAGAUCUUUUUGAAUUAUACAACAAAUUUUAUCCAUUUGU